CAGGCCAGAGCCGGGCGGACAAGAAGACAGGCGUCUGUGGCCGGCGGCCCACAUCACCGUCCCACUGCCAUGGACGUGCCCUGGUCCCUGGGGUUGAUCCUGCUCCUCUUGGGGAUCCCCCUCACCCACGCUGAGCCACUGUAUAUCCUGGUGACCCCCCGCGUCCUGCGGGUCGGCAACCCUGAGAACAUCCACGUGCAGGCUCACUCGGACUCCGGGCAGCCCCUCACCGGGACCCUGGAGGUGAACCUCACUGUGUGGGACUUCCCCCGGAAGAAGGCAGAGGUGGCCAGAAGCCAGCUCACUCUCUCACCAGAAAACCACUUCAUGAGCCAGGCAGCCCUGAUGAUUCCCGAGAGCCUGGUGUACCCCCCACAACCAGGGCAGCAGCAUGUCAUCAUCCGGGCAACAUGGGCACCCACCUCCACCUCCUCAUUCAUGGAGAAGGUUGUGCUGGUGUCUCCCCAUGCUGGCUACAUCUUCAUCCAGACGGACAAGACCAUCUACACCCCUGAGCACAUGGUUCAGUACCGGGUGCUCACUGUGAACCACAAGAUGGAUCCUGUGACCAGGACAUUCACUCUGGACAUCAAGAACCCGGAAGGGAUCACUGUGAUCAGCCAGGAUCUGCUGGCCAGCAGAGGUAUCUUCGCGAGCUCCUUCCACCUCCCAGAGCUCAUCAGUUUUGGGACCUGGACCAUCGAAGCCAGUUACCAAAGUGCAGCCAAGCUGAAGUUCAAAGCAGCCUUUGACGUGAAGGAGUAUGUGCUCCCUUCUUUUGAGGUCCGGCUGAUCCCAAAGAAGAGCUUCUUCUACCUCAGUGAUGACUCUCUGUGUGUGGAGAUCCAGGCCUGGUACAUAUUCAACAAGCCGGUGGACGGACAUGCCCUGGCCAUCUUCGGGGUGAAGCUGGGUUCCCGCCGGAUCGCCAUUCAAAGUUCUCUACAGAGGGUGGAGAUCUCUAGAGGCGAGGGUCACGUCUCCCUCCAGAAGGACACGUUGAUGGCUGCAUUCCAAGGCCCAGAAGAGGACUUCAUAGGGGCCUCGAUCUAUGUCAACGUCACCGUGUUCUCCUCAGGGGGUGAGAUGGUGCAGGCUGAGACCUCAGCGGUGAAGAUCGCCCGGAGCCCAUACAACAUCAAGUUCACCAGGACACCCCAGUAUUUCAAGCCAGGGAUGCCCUUCCAUUUUAGGGUCUUCGUCUCAAAUCCUGACGGGUCCCCAGCCUCCGGAGUUCUCGUUCGCUGCCAAGACCACAAAGUGUACACCUCACCCAGUGGGGUGGCCACUCUGACCAUCAACACAGAUGCACAGCUGAAGCAGCUCCCUAUCCAGGUGGUAACUGAUGAGCAUCUCCGGCCAGAGGAUCAAGCAUCAGCCAGGAUGACUGCUUGGCCUUACUCAACUCAGGAUGGGUCAGGGAACUUCCUGCACAUAGAGGUGAAGACAUCUGACACCGAAGUGGGCAGCAGCCUCCGGCUGAGCCUCCACACAAGGCAUCUGAACCCCGCAGCCAAGGAUCAGAUCACUCACUUCACCAUCCUGGUCCUGAGUAAGGGUCAGAUUGUGUCUACCAAACAUCAAUUAAAAAGUCAGGGGAGUGUCUACACGUCAGUCAUCAUUGAUGUGACUUCAGAGAUGCUGCCCUCCUUCCGCAUCCUGGCCUUUUAUUUACUGCCCAGAGGAACAGGCCAGAACCCUGAACUGGUAGCCGAUUCCAUAUGGAUUGAUGUGAAAGACAGAUGCAUGGGGACGCUGAAGGUUGGCUUAAAUCAUGAAGACUCCUUCAGUUCUUUGGAGCCCAACAGCAAGGUGGACAUAAAGGUGACAGGUGAUGCAGAGGCCACAGUGGGGCUUGUGGCCGUGGACAAGGCUGUUUACGUCUUGAACAGCAAACACAAGCUCACACAGAAGAAGGUCUGGGAUGUGGUGGAGGAACAUGACAUUGGCUGCACAGGUGGUAGUGGGAAAGACGGGCUUGCUGUGUUCAAGGAUGCUGGGUUGGACCUGAAGAUGAGCACAGGGAUGGACACCUUGGCAAGCUCAGACUGGCACUGCCCCCAGAGCCAACCUCCCAGCCGCCGCCGCCGCUCCCUGAAGAGCCUGGAGACCAAGAGGAACGCAGUGAACAAGUUCAACACAGAGCUGGAGCGCAAGUGCUGUGAGGCUGGGCUCCGGGAGAACCCCGUGGGGCUGUCGUGCGAGGAGAGGACCCGGCAUGUCCGCCCUGAGCCGGCCUGUGUCGCUGCGUUCCUGAGCUGCUGCCGUCUGUCUGCGGCCCUGACUCAGCAGGCCCUGCAGGAGGAGCUGCUUCUGGGGACAUCGGACGAGGAUGACGAGGACUUCGAGGACAUCUUCCUGGACGACCAGCCUGUGCGGACUUUGUUCCCUGAAAGUUGGCUCUGGAGGACGUUUACUCUGCCAAAAAGUGAAUCGCGGAGGAGCGUCUCCCACACCUUCCCGGUGAACCUGCCCGAUUCCAUGACCACGUGGCAGCUUGUGGCCAUCAGCCUCAAGCCCGGACAAGGUCUCUGCGUCUCGGAGCCUUUCGAGAUGACGGUCCGGAAACCGUUCUUUGUGGAUCUGAAGCUGCCCUUCUCCGUGGUCCGGAACGAGCAAGUCCAGAUCCAAGCCGUGCUGUACAACUUCCUGAGCCGCCAGGUCAAGAGCUGGGAUUUGAACCCAGGUAUUAGGACUCCAGAGUCUGCGUUCUCACCAGCUGAGCAAAGCUUCCUCUUACUGUCAUUGCGACUGUUACUUUUGCUAUGGCUUUUAACUUGCUUCCUCCUUGCCUCCCCACAGGCAGGGGGCAAGAUAGAAAAAAUAUCUCAUAGCUUCGUCCUGAACCCCCAAGGUCGGCCCCAGGUGGAGCUGGUGCCAAGAAGAGACCUUUUGAACAAGAUGCCCAAUACAGAGGCAGAGGUGUUUGUCAGCGUCCAAGGGGACAUCCUCGGCGAGACCAUCCUGGGCAGCCUGACCUCCAGAGAAACGCACGAGCUGCUGAGGGUCCCGACCGGCUGCCCCGAGCAGACGCUGAGCGGCCUGACGCCGGUCAUCAUCCUGACCCGCUAUCUGGACGCCACGGGCCAGUGGGGCAAGGUCGGGGUGGAGCACAGGGACCAAGUGAUGAAGAACAUUGUCAGCGGAUAUACCCGGAUGCUGACCCACCGGAGCGCAGACGGCACCUACCACAUCCACAAGGGAAAGCCGGGAAGCACCUGGCUCACGAGCUACGUGUUCCGAGUUUAUGCCCUGGCCUACUCCACCAUGACCUUGCAUAUGAUUGACCUGCGCUCUCUCUGUGACAUUGCCAAGUGGAUCAUCACCCAGAGGCAGGCCGAGGAUGGGAAGUUCUUGGAGGAGGGCCCCAUAAUCAUGGCGUCCAUGCAGGGUGGCUACCGAGGCUCUGAGGCAGACGUAUGCCUCACAGCCCUUGUUCUGAUCGCCCUGGAUGAGGGGAAGGAGUUGUGCAGCUCUGAGAUACCGGAUUUGGUUGCCAGCAUGGAGAAAGCCAGGGCCUUCCUGGAGCGACGCCUCCCUGACAUUCAGAAAACCUUUUCCGUCGCCAUAGUCUCCUAUGCUCUGGCCCUCACCAAGAGCCCCCGAGCCAACGACCGCCUGGACAGCUUUGCCAGCCGCAACAAAAACUACUGGCCGGUAAAAGACAAGGACUGGAACUCCCUGUACACCAUCGAGGCCACGGCCUAUGCGCUGAUGCAGAAGCUGGAGCUGGGUCUGCACAAUGAGACGCAUGCCAUCGCCAAGUGGCUGCUGGAGAAGCGGGAGCUGGGCGGCGGCUUCAAAUCCACCCAGACCACGGUGGUGGCCAUCGAGGCCCUCACCCGCUUCAGCCAAGCUGUCCCCUUCGAGGGUGUCCAGGAUCUCCGCGUCCAGAUCAGAGCCCCCAAGAGAUCCCUGAACGUGGAGUGGCUCAUCGAUCAGAACAACGCUUACCAGAGGCGGUCGGCAAAGUUUUCUUCCGAAGAUGACCUAGAGAUCACAGCCAGUGGCAGCGGGAGAGGCACCCUAUCGGUCUUGACCAUGUACCACAGGUCCCCAGAGUCCUGGGAGGACACUUGCAACCUAUACCACCUGAAUGCUACUCUUCAUAGAGCCCUGGAAGAAAAAAAAAGUGGGAAAGAGACCUUUCAACUUCGGAUGGAAACAAGGUACCUGGGUGAUCGAGAGGCCACAAUGACCAUCAUGGAGGUUUCCCUGCUCACUGGCUUCUACCCCAACCAUGAUGACCUCAAACAGCUCACGAGCGAGGUGGAGAUGUAUGCGUUCCAGUACGAGACCAAGACGAAAUCCAGCGACAGCACCGUGGUCCUCUACCUGGAGAAGCUCUCCCACCAGGAAGACACAGUGCUGGGCUUCCGGGUCCACAGGAUGCUGCCCGUGGAGUUUCUGCAGGCCGCCCAGGUCACGGUCUACGACUACUAUGAGCCCUCCCGGAGGUGCAGCUCCUUCUACAACCUGCCCACGGAGCGAUCUGACCUGCGGAAGAUCUGCUACAAAGAUGUCUGCCGCUGUGCUGAGGAACUGUGCCCGUCCCAGAAGAAGGACAGCAGCUGGAUGAGGCAGGAGGAGCUCCAGCUGGCGGCCUGUGAGGCAGGCAUGGACUUUGUGUUCAAGGCCAGGCUGGAGGCUGUGGAGGCCUCUGCCUCCAACCCCUACAUCUACUACAACAUGCAGCUCCAAGCCAUCAUCAAGAGUGGCACGGACGCUGCUGCCAUGCCCCUGGACAUGAAGAAAUUCGUCACCCAUGCCUCCUGCCAUGACUCGCUGGAGCUGCAGGAACAAGAGUCAUACCUCAUCAUGGGCCGGACGUCAGACCUGUGGAGAGUCAAAUCUGAUUACAACUAUGUCCUGGGCAAGGAGACAUUCCUCAUGCAUUGGCCAGCGGAUGGGGAUGUGAAAAAGAAGGAAUUGCUGGGCCAACUGGAGGGAUUUUCAGAGUACAUGAGCACCCAUGGCUGCAAGUCCUGAGACCCUGGGGCGUCCGCUGCUGUCGGGUUGUCUCCAGGCAGGCCCAGGCCAUUGGGCUUAACCCCGGAUAACGAGCAUGGAACAUCAUACUCAAGCUCCAGACAACUGCUCCUGUUUCAACGUUCAGCGAGAGCCCUGCAGAGCCCGCCCUGGCAUUGCUUGCACCUGCCUCCUCCUCUCUCCUACUCCAUCCCAAUCACACUGGCCUCCCUUGUGUCUUUUCAACACCCAAGUUGACUCCCACCUCAGGACCUUUGCACUUGCUGUCCCCUCUACGGGUACACCCUUUCUCCAGAUAGCUGCGUGACCUGCACCCUUCCCUUAUUCGGAGGAGGUAUUUAAAUGUCACCUCCUCAAAGCUACUUGCUUCAAUAACAUAUCUAAAACAGACCCCCUCUCAUCACACUCUCUUCCCUUACUCUGCUCUAUUCCCUCAAUAACACUUAUAAAUAUAUUGUAUAUGAUAUCCAUUGGUUUGCUUAUUAAAGGAGUGUUACCCCU